AUGGGUUCUUAUGAAGUUCUCGGCUUACCAGAAGAUAUUUGUUUCGAGCGAUAUGGCAGAUUAGGACCUUACGGUUAUGGAUAUGGUUUGAGAUAUGGGGGAACUGGAACGGGCCAGCAUGGAGAGAUGGAAGGCUCCGACGCUGUCUGGGCAGAUAAUUCAAACGCUGAGAAGAUGCAUUCUGGUCAGGUCGACUACAGAAAGGUUGAUUGGGCGGAUGCUCAGAGGAGAUGCUAUCAAAGGAAUGCGGCACGCUUUCAACCAUUUGAGCCGGUCGUAAAGAAGCCCACUACCUUUUCAACUCUUACUGAACAGAAAGAUGGUGCUCUACUGAAAAGGGAUGGGUUGGUCGAAUCCGUUUCCAACACCACCUUAAGCGCAGUCGAUACCACCUCUAAGGUCGUCGCAACACCAGCCAAAAAACAUCUCCCACGAACUGCAUUUGUCAUUCGACUCUGGGAUGAAUAUAUGUGGCGAGAGGAGGACAUUAUGGCACUGAGAGCAUUGAUAUCCGAGGUUUCUAUUGGUUCAGGCGGCCAAUACGAUGUUCAUCUCUUGGUUCAAGUCAAGGACUCUGCCGUGCAUCCCGUCUUCGCGGAUGAAGAAACAUAUCAACAGCAUUUAAAAGAUUGUCUACCUGAAGAAUUCGCUGGGAUUGCAACAUUCUGGAGUGAGACUCAAAUGCUUAUGCUCUACCAAGGCUUGUUUGACACAUUUAUUCGUGGUCUACCGGUUCAUGGAUCUUAUCGGGGACUUCAAAUGGCGAUGCAAUGGUUUGCUCAUAAUCAUCAGGAAUAUGAUUUUUUCUGGGAAUGGGAAGUUGAUAUUCGAUAUACUGGCCACUGGUAUCACUUUCUAUCAAAAAUUGAUGCUUGGACAAAGGAGCAGCCUCGGAAAGGACUUUGGGAGCGUAAUAGUAGAUACUACGUCCCAGAGGUUCAUGGCACAUGGGAAGAUUUCAAACAAAUGGUUCGUGUACAAACCGAGAUUGGGACCGAUAAUCCAAACAAUAUGUGGUCAGGCAUCGGAAAUCAAAAGGGCGAGAAGAGCGGACCGGUGCGCAAAGGCGAGAAGCCAAUCUGGGGACCCGAGCGUCCUUCAAAUCAGGAUGACUGGUUUGAGACUGAGAAUGAUCCCGUGCCUCCUACUAGCUACGACAAGGACAAGUAUACGUGGGGUGUUGGUGAAGAUGCUGACCUUAUUGUAUUUAACCCACUUUUUGAUCCGGAUGGGACUACCUGGAUUCUUGCAGAAGAUGUCACAGGCUAUAAUCUCACUGGAGGUUUACCACCUCGCCGAGCGACUAUCAUUGCAGCUGCGAGGAUGUCUCGCAAACUACUUAAUACUAUGCAUCGUGAAACCACAUUUAUGAAGCAUCAUGCUUUUACGGAAAUGUGGGCUCCAACGACUGCGUUACAUCACGGUUACAAAGCUGUCUCUGUGCCUCACCCAAUGUUUGUUGAUCGUGAAUGGCCAACCGAGUACCUUGCAAGCAUUAUGAAUGGAGGCAGGAAUGGUGCCACCGGUGGAGCACGAACCUCCGUAUUUGGCGACCGAGAACACAACCUUCGUGGAAUGACUUGGUUCUACAACACUGGAUUUGCACCCAAUUUAUGGCGAAGAUGGCUCGGUUUCAAGGUUGAUAAUGAAGGAGGGGAAGAAUUUGAAACAACUGUUAAUGAAGGCAGAAGUGGGCAACAUGUCAAUGACAUGAGAGGCGGAGAAGGUCGAAUGUGCUUACCGCCUAUGUUAUUACAUCCGGUGAAGGGUGUAGAAAUACCCGUGGAAGGAUUACCUCGUCUAAAUGAGGAACAGUUGCCGGAAAGUGACCCGACGGCUUGA